UAUUACAGUGGGUGGUCCGAAAACGUGCACUUCUUCGUUGAAGCCGCUUCCGAAAUCAUUCCUUUCGUUGUCGAAGCUCAAGAAAAGUUCGAACAUCAAUUUGUGCAACUAGGUCUAGGACCAUUGGUCUGCGUUGUUAAAAUUUUAGCAGUGGCUAGUGGAGGAAGUAUUGUAAUGGAUGAAGGUCGGAUUUAGCCGGAAGAGAGUUGGGAUAGGUUGGUAACGUGAUUGCACGUAGAUUUGAAAAGUGUGUUUUUGAUUUAUUGUAGUUGGUGGGUUUGAUCGGAACGGUGGGGUAGAGGUGGAGGGUCUGGUGUAGUAAGAUGGCGACAUCGCUGCAGUCUUCUGCAUCACCGGAGUCACAGGCUUUGAACACAAUUGCUCCACAGUCUCCGGGAUCUGUUUAUCCACAUCGCCAUGUCCGCUGCAUUGUGAAGCUCGGUGGGGCAGCUAUCACUCGGAAAGGGGAGCUGGAAACGAUUGAUGAUGCUGUGCUAGCGUCUACGACAUUGCAUUUAAGAGAAGCAAUGGGACUAUCUGAUGCAAGCUUGUCACUGGAUUGGAGUAGAAGAAAUGGUGUGUUAAUUACGGAUCUCAUACCGAACAGCACUGGUCAACACUUGGACUUCCCAAAUGCGUUUGUCGUAGUUCAUGGGGCAGGUUCGUAUGGCCAUUUCCAAGCUAGUAAAUCGGGAGUGAACAAAGGCGACCUGAAGAACCCCUUGGUCAAGGCUGGCUUCGUUGCCACUCGCAUCUCUGUUACCAAGCUGAAUCAGGAGGUUGUCCGGUGCUUGGCUUCAGAGGGCAUCCCUGCUGUGGGAGUAUCCCCAUUUUCUGCUGGGUGGUCCACCCAUAACAAAAUGCUGGAACGUGACAACGUAUUGGAAAUUCAGCGAGCAGUCGAUGCAGGCUUUGUACCUGUACUCCAUGGAGAUGCAGUGCUGGAUAGUACUUUGGGAUGUACAAUUCUCAGUGGAGAUAUUGUCGUGAGACGACUUGCUGAAGUUGUUAAGCCCAGCUUUGUUGUAUUUUUAACUAAUGUGCCUGGCGUGUUUGAUCGCCCCCCUGAAGAACCGAAUGCGACGCUUCUAAGAGAAAUUGUGGUGUUUGAAGACUCUAGUUGGACGAUUGUUGAUCCCCCUCUUGGGGCAGAAGGCAAGGGAGGAGUGGAGACAGCUGUGGCAGCUCACGACACAACUGGGGGCAUGUCCACUAAAAUUGCGGAGGCUGCUUCAAUCGCUGCCACGGGCAUUGACGUCUUUGUUGUGGAGGCAGGAACUCCCCAUGCUCUAGAAGUUUUGAGAGGAAACGUUAAAAAGCUGAACACAAAAUCUUGGAAGGGUACACUGAUCAGAAGCGCCCUUGGUCGAAGUUCCUGAUUGCAAUAGCUCAGAAAAGCAUUGCAAUGUCCCUAGUGGACUACUAAAUACUAGAUGCAAGGGAUGAUUUCUAACAUUUGUGCAAUUUACAUACUAUUAAAUCUUUACGUUGAUCUCAUAUCUAUGAACGUAUGAACGUAUCUGUAGAAUGCGUGCUUUACGACAGAAUUUACAUAAUAAAAAGUUUUUGGUGGUUAUUGUGAUUCCUGCAA